AUCUUCUGUUCAGAAUGGGGCCUCCUCUUUACCACCUAUCAGAUUUGGCCCUUCCCUCCUACCAAGGAGACCGCUGGUAACAUUCACAUUUUUACAUGGAAUUUUUCGAAAUAAAGGGGGCGGUAUAGGAUUCGAACCCCCGAUAUCACUGCUAAGACCCUCCGACUCGCCCACUCGAGUCGCUUAGCCCUUCUUUUUUAAAUUGGUGAUGAAGGUGCAUCAGACUUAGGUUCAGCUUUAGCAAAAUGCAUUAAUCUCUCAAAUUUGACACUUAACCUUUAUUACAAUUAAAUUGGUGCAAUGGGUGCAUCAGGCUUAGGUUCAGCUUUAGCAAAAUGCAUUAAUCUCUCAAAUUUGACACUUAACCUUCUUGGAAAUUAAAUUGGUGAUGAAGGUGCAUCAGGCUUAGGUUCUGCUUUAGCAAAAUGCAUUAAUCUCUCAAAUUUGACACUUGAACUUGAGGGGCGGUAUAGGAUUCGAACCCCCGAUAUCACUGCUAAGACCCUCCGACUCGCCCACUCGAGUCGCUUAGCCCUUCUUUUUUAAAUUGGUGAUGAAGGUGCAUCAGACUUAGGUUCAGCUUUAGCAAAAUGCAUUAAUCUCUCAAAUUUGACACUUAACCUUUAUAACAAUAAAAUUGGUGCAAUGGGUGCAUCAGGCUUAGGUUCAACUUUAGCAAAAUGCAUUAAUCUCUCAAAUUUGACACUUAACCUUGAUAACAAUUAAAUUGGUGCAAUGGGUGCAUCAGGCUUAGGUUCAGCUUUAGCAAAAUGCAUUAAUCUCUCAAAUUUGACACUUAACCUUGAUGAAAAUUAAAUUGGUGAUGAAGGUGCAUCAGGCUUAGGUUCUGCUUUAGCAAAAUGCAUUAAUCUCUCAAAUUUGACACUUGAACUUGAGUAUAAACAGUUUAUUUGUUUUGGAUUGUGA